CUCAAUAUUGCUCUGCUUAUAAGUGAAGCCAGGCCUCUUUUAUCCCCAUUAGGAUUUGUUCAAACAAGGAAUGCCCAGUUUGUGAUGAAUGGAUCACCUUUCCUCUUCAAUGGGUUUAACUCAUACUGGAUGAUGCACGUUGCAGCAGACACUGCCCAAAGGUACAAGGUCUCCAAUGUGUUUCGGGACACCGCGGCUGCAGGUCUCACCAUUUGCCGGACAUGGGCUUUCAGCGACGGAGGCUACCAACCUCUGCAGACAUUGCCCGGUGUCUAUGAUGAACAUGUUUUUCAGGCACUUGAUUUCGUGAUUUCGGAGGCACGGAAGUAUAGUAUCCGAUUAAUAUUGAGUCUAAGCAACAAUUACAAUGAUUUCGGAGGGAGAGCUCAGUAUGUCAAUUGGGCGAGAAGUGCUGGUGUGCGGAUUAAUGGUGAUGAUGACUUCUACACCAAUCCAGUUGUUAAGGACUACUACAAGAACCAUGUCAAGAGAGUGCUCACCCGGAUGAAUACAAUUACUCGAGUUGCUUACAAAGAUGAUCCAACCAUCAUGGCAUGGGAGCUAAUGAAUGAACCUCGUUGUCAAGUUGACCCUUCUGGAGAAAUCCUAAAUAGAUGGGUUCAUGAGAUGGCAUCUCAUGUAAAAUCUAUAGAUAGUAAACACUUGUUAGAGAUAGGGAUGGAAGGUUUUUAUGGAGCCUCAAUGCCAAGUAGGAAGCGGUACAAUCCAGGAGGUAGCCAAUUUGGCACAGAUUUUAUUCGCAAUAAUCAAAUUAAGGAGAUCGAUUUUACGACAAUACACGCAUAUCCCGAUAUUUGGUUAUCCGGGCAGAAUGAUGACUCUCAAAUGGCUUUCAUGAGGAGGUGGAUGUGGAGUCACUUUAAGGACUCUAUAACAGCACUGAAGAAGCCAUUGGUGUUUGCAGAGUUUGGAAAGUCAAAGAAGGAUGCAGGAUUCAAUAUGAGAGGGAGGGACUCCUUCUUGACUGCUACCUAUUCCAACAUAUAUAGUUUUGCAAGAAAUGGGGGAGCUGUAGGUGGUGGGUUGGUUUGGCAAAUCAUGGCUGAAGGGAUGGAGUCCUACAGAGAUGGUUAUGAGAUCAUUCUACCUCAGGAUCCAUCUACAAGGGCUGUCAUUGCUCUGCAGUCUCAAAAAAUGAAGUCGCUAGCUUGA